AUGUAUGAAUCAUAUACGACAACGCUGUCAUAUACAUAUAAAUCCGUAUCCUCCACUCUUCCCCCAUCAGUUUCGGUCGACCCAAGCAGCUCAGAUAAGGUUCGCUAUGUCCUUGCCCCUGGUGGUGGGCACGCGGCUCACCCUAGCGAGAUCCUCGCAUCCUGCGAGGCGUUAGAAAAGCACAUGAAAAAGAUGCAAGAAGAUAGCCUAGCCGCAAUCAAGGAUUGGGAAGAAUCGAUAAGAAAGCGAGAUUUGGCGGAAAAGCGUAGAAUCGCACCGGGAUGGCUCGAUCGGGAGGAGAAGUUACUGCAGCCUAUGCGAGUGACCCCACAUGCGUCCGAAGUCGAGUCAACUUCCCCUCAGAAUCAGCACCCAACGACUCAGAAAUGUAAAGAAGGUACUUCGGGUACAAUGUGUACAAUGUCAGAAAGUGAAGGACAAGAGUUGGAUCGUGCGUUUGGUGCGCUUGAUAUGCGAUGA